AUGCUGCACCUGUGCCUGAUUAUCUCUGCAAUUUGUGCUAUAGGCACAACAAAACCUUUACCUGAUACUUUCUCAUACUCGGUUGGUGUUGGGGACGGCGGCGGCACUGAAUUCUCCACGGCACAUAAGGGUCUAAUCACAGGACUCAGAAUCUGGGAAUAUCCCGGCAACUAUAUUACCGGGAUCCAGAUGAAAUAUGACAGUAACUGGACCGAUCUGAUUGGUUCAGGUUAUGGCAAUCAGCAGGAGCUGGAGAUCUAUGAUAAAGAAUUCAUCAGUCAGAUCUCGGGAAAGUAUUACGGCGGUUACAUCUAUGAGCUGAUGUUUGUCAUUAAUACGGGGAGAUCUUUUAAAGUGGGGACGCCUGCUGGAAACUCAUUCAACUUUUAUCCAACCGUGAGAGGAAGUCAACUGCGUUUUCUCAGCGGUCGAACAGAUGCAUGGGCCAUCACUUCCAUUGGGGCUCAUUGGGCCAUAGUGAAAUAGAGCUGAGAAAUAUAAACAUUAAAUCAAAUAAAACAAACAUAAUUCUUUGACAACAUUUUUUUUUUCAUCUG